AUGAAACCAGCAACAUAUUUAAAAAAAGUUGGGCCUUAUAGUCUAAUAAGAGAGAUUGGUUAGGGUUCAUUUGCAAGAGUGUUUAGAGGAAAAUUGGAUGGACGGCAAGAAGAUGUGGCAAUCAAAAUGAUUUCAAAGCAGAAUGUUAGAAAUGAGAGUAUGUCAAUGAUUGAAAAGGAGAUUGAGAUUUUAAGACAAUUGGAUCACCCCAAUAUAAUCAAAUUGAUAGAUUUUAAAAGAACUCAGAAUCAUUACUAUCUGGUAUUUGAAUAUUGUGAGAAUGGAGACUUAGAUGCAUAUAUUAGAAAGUAUUCUCCUAAUGGAAAAUUGCCAGAGGAAGAAGUUAGGAGAAUAGUUUAGUAAUUAGCAUAAGCAUUGUAAUAGAUGUACAAAUUAAGGAUUGUACAUAGAGAUUUAAAAUUAGCAAAUAUAUUAGUAUCUAAGAAUUUCUAAAUUAAAUUAGCUGAUUUUGGAUUUGCCAAAUAUAUGGAAGAAGAUCAAUAUUUAACUUCUUAUUGUGGAACUCCAUUAACGAUGGCUCCUGAAAUAUUAUAAAGAAAGUAAUAUAAUGAAAAGUGUGAUGUAUGGUCAGUGGGUGUGAUCAUGUAUUAAAUGAUAUAUGGAAGAUCUCCAUUUGUACCCCCAAAGGGAGGUAAUAUAAACGAUUUAAUUGCAAUUAUCAAUAAAGGAGAUUUACAAUUUCCUGAGAUUUCUACGAUUUCACUUAAAUUGAAGGAACUAUUAAUUCAAAUGCUGCAAUAGGAUUUCAAGAAAAGAAUAAGUUUUAGAGAUUUCUUUGAACAUAGUUGGUUGCAAGGUGAAGUCAAAGCCGACUACAUUUAGAGUAUUAAACAAGAUUUGCAAGAGAAUCAAUCUGAAAUUAUGCCUAUAAUUCAUCACAAAGCAACUGAGGAUAUUUAAGAAGAGGAGAUAUUCAAUAAUGAAAGAGACGAUAGUACAAAUGAAGUGUUGAAAGAACAAUAAUUGAAAUACAUAGGAUAUCAAUUACAUAAAUAAGCAGUUGGAUAUUUAGAUUUAAUGUUUGAGGAGAUUUACAAAGUCAAAUAAUUAUGUGACAAAAUUUAAAAUGCCAAAAUUUCAUUCUAAUUUCUUAAAAAUCGAUUAAUCAGCUUAUCUUUGGCUAUUAGAAUUUAUGAAGCAUUUUUAUUGAAAUAAGUAUAUGAGUUUAUGAAAGAAUAAAUUGUUGUGUUGCACACACCUUCAAGUAACAGUUCUCUGAUUAGUCUUUAAAUGAAAAGACCAUUUUAGACUCAUUAAAUUAUGAUGUAAAAAGAAAUUAUUGAAUUGAAGAAUUACUUUAAAGAAAAUCAAAUGAUUAUAAAUUAAUUUGAAUAAUGUGGAUAUUGUAUUGCAGAUAAUAUUUUUGAUGAAAUUUUGGAAUUAUUAAUGAAUCUCAUUGAACAUUAAUAACAAAUUGAUUAAAAUAUAUUUACUCAAUUACUAUAAUUGUUGUACUCAUUCAUUUAAUCUCCACCUCAAUUGCUGUAAGUUGAAUUGUACAUGAAAUUGUAAACAGGAAAUGACAUGAAUUAUUAUUGGCAUCUGUUUAAACUUGUUAGAGUGAAUUAGAAACAUAUUGCAGAUUCAAUUGAAAAUCAAAUUGUGUGUGAAAAUUAUGAGUUUGACAAAAAAUUACAGUUUGAAUGGAAAUUAGUGAAAGAUGAUAGUGAAGAAACCCAAGUGUCUUUCACUAAAGAAGAAAUUGAUAAAUUAUAAGACUUACUAAAAGAAGAAUAUACCAAAAGGGAUAUACGUUAAUAAAUAUAAUGA